CCUGCCCAUUCACAAAACAUCCUCCGCCCAAUGAGGCUGUGAGGCAUCCUGACUUUUCUGCCACGUCCGCCGUGUCCUGCCUGCGUCAUUGCGCUGAUACAUGUAUAGUCUCACUCGCGGCAUGACUGUCUCAGCACCGCACAGAACACUUUUGACGCUGCUCACAACCUUCGUCGUGUUGCGGAAUAUAAGCUACAUAGGAUCGCUGAAGGGAGGGAGUAGAAACACAAGUAAGCAUCACACUGAGCAAAAAGCAUUUCAACGCAGUCAUGCUGAAGCGCCCUGCAUCCUCCACUGCACCAGCGCGGGACGCCAAGAGGAUACGGGCCAGUGCGCCGCCAGCCCCUACGAGCGAGCAAGUGACGCCAACAUGGGGCAGGACUUUGAUCAAGAAGAUUGAGCAGGCUUCCAAAAAAGCACCUCGAUUCUUAUUCAGUCGUAGCUUCAGAGGCAUAUCAAUCAUGCGAGAGAAGAGAUGCCUGCUAGAGAACCCCCAUGCAUGGCGCGGCAUGAAUUUGUUUCGAACGAUCGUCAAGAGUAGACAAGCCAAGGCCAAGAUGCACGCGCAUGGUUCUGUGGAUAACCUUGUUGAUGGCCUCAGCCGAUUCAAGUUGGGGUUACUAAACGGUCCACUUGAAUCAGAAGAUGGCACUGACUCGGUGUAUAAUGCUUCCAACGAUCCAGAAGAUUCCGAUGAGGACGACGAGCAUGAAGAAGAGCCAUCUGACGCCGAUGAAUCUGCUCUCCCUACAGGCAUCAUGAACGACAACGUGAAACGAAGACUUCUAGACGCGCAGAAUCGUACGCCACGAUAUCUGUUUCGAGCAUGGAACAAUACGGAUGCCCCCUCGGGUGGCUUCAUAGGCUUGAACACCCCGGAAGCCAUCACGCCACUGGCUUUUCUGCACAAGCACCUUCCCACUUCACAGACCAUCUAUGACAUGCCGUCGAACAGCUUAGCAGCCAUGUGCAAGGCACAUCUGUGUACGGAAAGCGACGUCUAUACUGAAUUCAGUUCGUGGGCAGCGUCAAUACAAAUCGCGUUCAGGUUUGCACGCGGAGCCCACAAAUACUGCUACAUCAGCGUCAUCGAUACGAAAGGUCUGGUAGGCAAGAACGUUAUCGUUCACGUUCCUUCUCUCGAAUUCUUGAUAGGCCAUGUAGCCAAGAGUUGUGGUCAUGAAUAUCUCGCCCAUGGCGUAAUAUCUGGACCCGCAGUAUUGAAAGCCAUCCCGCUAAAGGUAUAUCUGGAUGCUGGAAUUUCAAUACCCCCCAAAUACACUCACCUGAACCUUCUCAACCAUGCUGUGGCUCAGAUCACCCCCGCGCAAAUCUGCGCUGCCCGCCGCGUCGCCGAGGCGUAUGGAGGCCAAUUUUCCGCCGCAGUCUUUGUUGCGAUUUUGACCCUGGAACGGCGCAGUCGGAAUUUCUGGAGAAGUGAAUCAGAGUUGAAUAAGGCUGUGCCGCUGUUUGUGGAAGCUAUGAAGCAUUUUUGGAUUCCGGGCGAGCUCUGUGGUGAUGCUACUAUUCUUACUGAUAUUGUGUAUACGAAGGGAUAUGAGAAUGUUGAGCAGAUGAUCAAGAUGUUGAGGGCACUGGUGGAUUGGAGGCAUGGGAAGGGGGCGCGAGUGAGGUUUAAGCAGGCUUCGUGGAAGGACACGGGGAGUCCAUGA